AUGGACAUCCUGCAGCAGGAGGUGCGCGGUAUCGCGCUGGCCAACCUGUCCGAGGUGCAAUCGUCCCCGGUGUACAACCAGACGACGGUACCGCUCAAUCGCAAGGAUUCGCGCAACAUGGACCAGGCGGUGAUACGGAACAACACCGCCCACACGUUCCCCUCGAACCACGACAUCGAGGGACACAUCCGGCCGUUCCAAAAUUUGCCACCGCGCGAACCGGUCGACAUACAGUUUAAAGAUGUGUCGUACUGCGUCAGUCUCGGGUUUCGCAAAGGCCAGAAAGAGAUCCUGCAUAAGGUGAAUGGCAAAUUCCCCGGAUCGCAGCUGAUCGCCAUCAUGGGUCCGUCCGGUGCGGGCAAAUCGACGCUGCUGGACGUCCUGUCCGGCUACCGGAAAACGGGUGUCGAAGGUGCGGUCUACGUCAACGGACGCAUACGCAACCUGAACAGCUUCCGGCGGAUGACCUGCUACAUUACGCAGGUCGAUCGCUUGCAGACCCUGCUGACGGUGCUGGAGAACAUGCGCAUUGCGGCAGAUUUGAAGCUGGGACCGGAGGUGUCGCGCCACGAAAAGGAGUCCAUCAUCGAAGACAUUCUCACUGUGUUGGGACUGUACGAGCAUCAGUUUACCAUCACCAAACGGCUGUCCGGUGGGCAGCGGAAACGUCUCUCGAUUGCGUUGGAGCUGAUCAACAACCCAACCAUUAUGUUCUUGGACGAACCAACAACUGGCUUGGAUAGCUUCUCGUGCAACCAGGUCGUAGACCUGCUGAAGCAGCUCGCCAAGCAGGGCCGUACGAUCAUCUGCACCAUCCAUCAACCGUCCGCCAAGUUGUUCCAGGAGUUCGACCAGGUGUACGUGCUCUCGAACGGCGAAUGCAUGUAUCAAGGCUGCACCAACAGUUUGGUGCCGUUCCUGCAGUCCGUCGACAUGCCCUGCCCGGUGUACCACAAUCCCGCCGAUUAUGUGAUUGAGCUGGCGUGCGGGGAGUAUGGCGAUGACCGCAUCCAGCGCAUGGUGAUGGAGAUGGGGAACGGCGAAUGUACGGAAUGGUUCACCGACAAGCGGAAGCUGCUGAAGCUGGAGCAGCUGCGGAAGAAGUACCCGCUCAAGAAGAUCAUCGAGCAGAGCGAAGACUUGAUGGCGACGUCCCAGCUCCAUCAGCUGAAGGUGCUGAUCCAGCGCGGCAUUAUCAAGGCGAAGCGGGACGCCACGCUGACGCAUCUGCGCAUCGGGGUGAACAUCAUCAUAGCGGCGAUGCUGGGCUUUCUGUUCAUCGACGCCGGCAAUGAGGGUUCGCGCGUGCUCGACAACUACAAUCUGCUCUUCUCGAUCCUGAUGCACCACAUGAUGGCCACGAUGAUGCUGACCGUGCUGACGUUCCCCACCGAGAUGGGCGUUAUACUGAAGGAGCAUUUCAAUCGCUGGUAUACGUUAAAGUGUUACUACCUGUCGGUCUCCAUCAUCGAUCUGCCGCUGUCCGUGUUCUGCUGCCUAAUCUUCAGCGUCAUUAUAUACUUGAUGAGCGGCCAACCGAUGGAGUGGUUCCGUUUCGGCAUGUUUUUCACCAUCAGCCUGCUGAUCGUGCUGAUAGCGCAGAGCCUCGGGUUGACGAUCGGAGCCUGGUUUAACGUGGUGAACGGCACCUUCCUCGGGCCCGUGCUUACCAUCCCGAUGAUGAUGUUUGCCGGUUUCGGUGUGACGCUUCGUGAUCUACCGAGCUACCUGAAAUGGGGCAGUCACAUCUCUUAUCUACGCUACGGCCUAGAGGGCUACGUCAAUGCAAUCUAUGGCGAAAAUCGGGAAACGCUCGACUGUGAGCUCAAACCGUACUGUCACUACAGAUAUCCUGCUAAGUUCCUGUCGGAGAUUUCCAUGGAGGGCGAUCAAUUCUGGAAGGAUGUGUACGCUCUCUGCGGCACGUUGAUUUUGGUACGCGUCUUUUGCUACUUCUGUCUCCGAUGGAAGGUGAUGUCAGUGCGGUAA